AUGGAUACACAUAAAAGGCUAGCAGUAGGCACACUGGUAUGGUUGGUAUUGGCAUCAACAGCAACAACAACGGCCAUAGCUCAAGUGUUAGCCAAACCGGGGUGCCCUGCUUAUUGUGGGAAUCUAAGCAUCCCAUACCCGUUUGGUACAAGGGAAGGCUGUUUUUUAAACGAAAACUUCCGCAUCACCUGCAAUGAUUCUGCCAACUCCUCCACAGCAUUUCUAGGUUAUACUAAUUUUGUUGUUACCAAUAUCAGCAUGGAAGGUCGGUUGCAGAUAUUGGCCACAGUUGCCCGAGAUUGUUACAAAGCUUCAGGGGAGCUUGUGAUCCCACGGGUACAAUCCCGGUUUCCGUUGUCAAUUUUCAACGUCUCUAAUACCCGAAACAAGUUUACAGCUGUUGGCUGCGACACUUAUGCGUACCUUCAUGGUUUCGUAGGCAAUAAAAGCUACAGCGCCGGGUGUAUGUCCCUAUGUGAUCGCAUUGAAGACGUGGUUGAUGGAUCUUGUGCAGGAUUCGGAUGUUGCCAGAUACAGAUUCCAGGCGGGCUGAAAAAUAUUGAUGUGAUUGCAUAUAGCUUUAAAAACCAUACAAAAGUCUCCGAUUUCAACCUUUGCAGCUAUGCUUUUGUUGUCGAAGAAAGCCAAUUUGAGUUCUCCUCGGAUCAUGUUCGAUCUAUACCAGAAGAUUACAAGUUCCCUGUGUCGCUUGAUUGGGUAGUAGGUAAUGAAACGUGCGAGGAAGCUGAGAAUACCUUGAAUUUCACAUGUAAUCGGAGUGAGUGUUACGAAGCUGGCAUAGGUCUGGGCUAUCUUUGCAAGUGUUUAGACGGUUAUGAAGGGAAUCCAUACCUCCCAGAAGGCUGCCAAGAUAUUGAUGAGUGCAAGAUUUUGCAUCCCUGCCACCAAAGUGCAGAAUGCUAUAAUUCACCAGGAAGUUUCAAAUGUAUUUGUAGCGGUGGUUUUGAAGGCGAUGGCAAAAGAAAUGGAACUGGUUGCAGUUUCGUACAUAAAACUAAAGAGAUUCCCUUUGUUAACAUUGCUCUAGGUGUCAGCAUAAGCAUUUUAGUGCUAGUAUUGAGCCUUUCAUGGAUAUAUUGGGGACUUUGGCAAAGAAAGCUCAUCAGACAGAGAGGAAAGUUCUUCCAACGGAACGGUGGAAUUAUUUUACAACAAGAACUUUCAAAGCAUAAAGGGCCUGUAGCAGCCAAAAUAUUCACAGCCGAAGAGCUCAAGAAGGCAACAAACAACUACCAUGAAAGUAGAAUUCUAGGCCAAGGAGGUCAUGGAACAGUGUAUAAAGGAUUAUUGCAAGACAACAGAGUUGUUGCCAUAAAAAAAUCCAUGAUAGCCGAUCACAGUCAAGUUGACCAAUUCAUUAAUGAGCUGGUUGUGCUUUCUCAAGUCAACCAUAGAAAUGUGGUAAAGCUCUUGGGAUGCUGUUUAGAGACUGAAGUUCCCCUGUUAGUUUAUGAAUUCAUUUCCAACGGUACCCUGUAUCAUCACUUGCACAAUUCAGGCCUUGCAUCCUUCGUUCCUUGGGAAACUCGUCUAAGAAUAGCAGCAGAAACAGCUGGAGCACUAUCAUAUCUACACUCUGCUGCUUAUCCUCCCAUUAUUCAUAGAGAUGUGAAGUCUACUAACAUUCUCUUAAAUGAGCAUUACGCGGCAAAAGUAUCAGAUUUUGGAGCUUCGAGACUAGUUCCUUUGGAUCAAACCCAAUUAACCACAUUGGUGCAAGGAACUCUUGGAUACUUAGACCCAGAAUACUUUCAAUCUAGCCAGUUGACUGAAAAGAGUGAUGUAUACAGCUUUGGGGUUGUCCUUGUAGAGUUACUGACUGGAAGAAAGGCGCUUUGUUUCCAAAUGCCUGAAGAAGAGCGGAAUCUAGCCAUGCAUUUUGUUUCUGCAUUGAAGAAGGAUCGAUUAUUUAAAAUAAUUGAUCAUCAUGUGCUUCUUGAGGAAAAUACUGAACAACUAAAGGAAGUCGCCAUGUUGGCAAAGAGGUGCUUAAGAGUAAGAGGUGAAGAGAGGCCCUCAAUGAAGGAAGUUGCAAUCGAAUUGGAGGGUCUAAGAGCAACGGCGAAGCAUCCAUGGGUAAAACAUGAUGUGAAUUUAAAGGAAACAGAUUAUUUGCUUGGUGAACUCUCAGGUGCUAAUGCUCAAGGUACUGGUACCAAUUUGUCUGGCCAUGACAGCAUUAGGCAGCAAAUAAUAUUACAUGGUCGGUAA